AUGGGAAAUGUACUCAGUAAUAAUUUAGCCGAACACCGUCUAUGUGAUGAGAGAAUGCCCGUCGCCAAACGCGGUCUCGUCGCCCCACAGAACACCUUCCUAGAGAAUGUCAUACGCCGAUGUAAUAAUGCAGAUACUUCAUUUAUUCUCGCCAAUGCACAAGUGGUUGAUUAUCCGAUUGUGUACUGCAAUGACGGUUUCUCGAAACUUGUCGGCUACUCCCGGGCUGAAAUCAUGCAAAAGCCUUGCUCACUACAGUUUUUGCAUGGUGAUCAUGGCGAUCCUUCGAAUUUCGUGCGAAUCCAAGAAGCCCUCGAGAAUGGCCGAACGGAUCAAGCCGAAAUUGGACUUUGUAAAAAGAACAAAACACAAAUCUGGUUGCUGGUGCAUUUGGCUCCGAUCAAAAAUGAUAAGGAAAAUGUAGUUCUGUAUCUUUGUCAGUUUAAAGACAUCACACCACUCAAACAGCCGCUCGAUGAUGAAAAUAAUAAAGGCUUAUCGCGGAUUUUGCAAAUUGCCAGAAUUGCAAAGUCAAAGCAACAAUUCAAUCAGAUUGAGACCAAAGACCUGCACAAAACGACGACGUCGGUAUCAUCGAACUUCACCCAGGUUAUGAACCUGGGUGGCGAUAUGCUGCCACAAUAUCGACAGGAGACACCAAAGACGUCGCCACAUAUCAUUCUACACUAUUCCACCUUCAAAACUAUUUGGGACUGGUCGAUACUGGCGCUGACGUUCUAUACUGCGUUUAUGGUCCCCUUCAACAUUGCCUUCAAGAACAGGGAAUAUCCGGGUGGCGGCAUCGAUUCUGUUGCGCUAAUGGACUCGAUAGUCGAUGUUAUAUUUUUUGCCGAUAUCUUAUUGAACUUCCAUACUACUUUCGUUGGACCGGGUGGAGAGGUUGUUAUUGAUCCCUCGAUAAUUCGACAAAACUACUUCAAAUCUUGGUUCCUUAUUGAUCUCUUAUCUUGCUUGCCUUAUGAUAUAUUCUAUAUGUUUAAACGAGACGACGAGAGAAUAGGUAGCCUAUUUUCGGCAUUGAAAGUUGUACGACUGUUGCGAUUAGGAAGGGUAGCAAGAAAACUCGAUAACUACCUUGAAUACGGCGCAGCAACACUGCUGCUUCUGCUCUGUGCUUACGUUCUUGUAGCUCACUGGUUGGCGUGUAUAUGGUUCGCAAUAGGAGAAUACGAAGUUAAACUUAAAAUGGACAAUCCAUUGCUACCCGAAGGCUGGUUAUUUCGGCUGGCAAACGAUUUAAAGGCCCCAUACAACAUCAAUCUGUCUAACAGAACACGAUUAGCAGGUGGACCAUCAAGGACAAGCUCUUAUAUAUCAUCUCUAUACUUUACAAUGAGCUGCAUGUCUACUGUUGGAUUUGGCAACAUUGCCAGCACAACGGACAAUGAAAAACUGUUUGGUGUUUGCAUGAUGAUUAUUUCCGCACUGCUUUACGCUGCAAUAUUUGGUCAUAUGACAACAAUCAUUCAGCAGAUGACAUCUGCAACCGUAAGGUACCACGACAUGAUUAGCAAUGUGCGCGAAUUUAUCAAACUCCAGGAAGUUCCCAAAGAGCUUGCUGAGAGAGUGAUGGAUUAUGUAGUAUCUACAUGGGCAAUGACAAAGGGUAUUGACACGCAAAAGGUGCUUGGCUACUGUCCCAAAGACAUGAAAGCAGACAUAUGCGUGCAUCUUAAUCGCAAGGUCUUCAACGAACAUUCUUGUUUUCGACUCGCUUCGGAUGGUUGCUUGCGAUCGUUGGCUAUGUUUCUAGAGUCGAAUCAUGCCGCCCCUGGAGAUCUUCUCUAUCACACAGGAGAGUCGGUGGAUGCUUUAUGGUUUGUUGUUAGCGGGUCCUUGGAAGUGAUUCAAGAUGAAGAAGUGGUAGCUAUUCUUGGGAAAGGAGAUGUGUUUGGGGAUGAGUUCUGGAAAAACAACGGCUCAACGGGGCAGUCCGCGGCUAACGUGCGAGCGCUUACGUAUACAGAUCUACAUAUGAUCAAGAAGGAUAGAUUAAUGGAGGUGCUGAACUUUUACAAAGCCUUUGCCAAUUCUUUUGCUAGAAAUCUAGUGCUUACUUAUAAUCUAACUCAUCGACUGAAGUUCCGAAAGGUUGUUGACGUAAAACGAGAAAAGGAACUCGACGCUCGACGGAAGAACGAGAAAUUAAUUCUUCCACCUGAUCAUCCCGUUAGGAAACUGCUCUUCCGCAUGAGGGAACGACAUGGACCUAGGAUAUUCCCCAGUCCAAUGUUUGCUGACAUAGAGAAGGGCAUGAAAAAACACCAUACGGACCAAAGCAUGAACCGUAUCACAUCGGUUCACUCUAUGGUUGAUGAAACAUCCAACUUGCUCUCUACAACCUAUUUAUCACGUUCUCCUCGUACUUCCACCAAAAAUAAAAGGCCUCCACUAAUGAAACGGCAGACUGUCGAUGAAGACGCUUUAUCGCGCACGAGUUGGAUGGAAUCAAGUAUUGAAAAACCUAAGGAAAAAGACUUCAGCUCGCUUCAUAACCUUCGAUCAGAAAUGAGGUCGAAAUUUGAGAUAAUCCAUGACCGCUUAGCAGUAGUGGAUCAUAUCAAUUCUCGCCUUCAAAACCUGGAACGUUUGCUGAUACAGAUGAAUCAACAUCAUGGAGGUAGUACGUCAUCUACAUUGCCAGUUGGUUCAUUCAUGGGUCUUAACGAAUCAGGAGGAAGUCAUCUGGAGACAGGCGGUUUUGUAGCAAGGAGUGCGUCGUGGAACCAAGACAACUGGAGGUCUGAUAGGCCCGUGCCGCCAUUAGAGGAGUUGAAAAGUAUGGAAUGGAAUAGUGAAGAUAGUCCUUCCGGGAUACCCGCUAUUCAAGUUGACGACGACACGACAACACGGGCGGUGCACAGAGCUCCGGACCGCAAACGGGUGUAAAAGAUUAUUUCCCCCUUCUAAACCUUUUUCCAUCUCCUUUUUUGGACGCAUUCUUCUUCGCCCAUCUCUUCUUUUACUGUCUGUACAGUUCUCAUUUGGCUCGCAUUGCGCGUUCUGAUCACUUAUCUAGGGUGUUAAUUUUUCCACUGCACAGAUCUCAGGCAUUUGCAUCGAAAUUGUUUUGAGACUUUUUACAUUACUUAUGGUCAAUGAUUGCUCAAAGAAUGUGCAAUUCACUCUGGCAAGAAUGAAUUUUGCACAUUUUCAUUUACAUAAUUCUGUAGAACGGGAUUAAGGCACUAGUCUUGCUCGUUAUGGCAUGUUAAUGUUCUCAAAAAUACAUUGUGAUUUUCCAGUGUGCAUUUCUUCCUUAUGUCGACUUGCUCGCCAUUCAGCUACAUUUCAAGAUGUUUUCACUUAUGCUUGGAUCGUAAUGAACAUAAGCCAUAGA